UUCCUCGUUGACAGCUGGAAACGCGUGUUGGGAACAAAUCGAAAAACAUAAACAAACGGAAUAUCGUCCAUUGCCGGAGGUCGCCUUUUAGUUUUGUGCAACAGCAAGUAGGAUAGCCAUAAAUCAUAAUGCACAAAUCCCGUGGAGGUGGCCGGAGGAAGAACAACUUCCGAAAGCAGCGCCCCGAUCGAGAAAGCCGUCCGCUGGCCGAGAAACUAUCCGAACUAUCGGUGACAAGUGAUUCCUCGUCGGCAGACGAGGAUGGCACGGAUGAAUCCGGUUCCGGACAGAGUUCGGGCGAAGAAUCAACGCCCAAGAGCAAGUUCGACAUCGGCAAACCACCCAAAUUUCCCGUCAGCAUGUGGGAUUUGAAGCACUGUGAUCCGAAAAAGUGUUCCGGCCGCAAAUUGGCCCGGCAUGGAUUGAUCAACUGUUUGCGCUUAGGACAGAAAUUUCCCGGUCUAGUGUUAACACCGGUCGGUGUGAAUUGUGUGAGUCCACAGGAUAAGGAAAUAAUAAAGUCGUCCGGCAUCGCUGUAGUCGACUGUUCGUGGGCCAGACUGGAUGAGACACCGUUCAACAAAAUGCGAUCGCCAAACCCACGACUACUACCGUUUCUCGUUGCGGCAAAUCCAAUCAACUAUGGAAAGCCGUGCAAGCUUUCUUGCGUAGAGGCGAUUGCUGCCUCGAUGUACAUUACCGGCUACAAGCAGGAAGCGCUUUGGUAUCUGAACAAAUUUUCCUGGGGCCAUUCGUUUGUCGAGCUAAACCAGGAACUACUCGACGCUUAUGCGGGCUGUGCGGACAGUAAGGCGAUACUGGAGGUGCAAAAACAAUACUUGGAAAAUGCAAAGGACGAACUGCAGGCGGAUCGUAGUUUUCCCAGCACCGAGUCGGAAGAGGAAGCCGAUGAUGGCGAUGAGUCGGAGGAACAGGACAGUGAUGGGUCGAAAAGGGGCGAAACAAGCAUAGCGGAAACUAGAAAGGAAAGCGAAAAGCAAAACAUAAAAUAAAGCAAGCAAUUUUUAAACCGGAACCCAAUGGUUACCAAGGAAC